GCAGCAUCCUGAACACACAGUCCAGUUCCUCCUUUACACUGAUGAAGUGUACAGUUGGGAUUUUGAGAGAGAUUUACUUGUGCAUAAAUGUGUAGAACCAGAACAACCAUGGACAAGUGGAUUCUGAGCUCCCUGGGGAAAGGUCCUGCCAGACGGAACCUGUUUGGCCCAGUGGACCAUGAGCAGCUGCAGCAGGAGUACCAGAAUGCCUUGCGCAGAGACCUGGAGGACGCCUGCCACCGCUGGGGCUUUGAUUUCCUGUCAGAGAAGCCUCUGGCUGGGGGAGACUUCCAGUGGGAGGGGGUUCUAUGCACCAAGCUGCCUCUCCUCUACCAACCCUGCCUUUUGGCUCAGGGGGAGGCACAGAGGGAGGGAGGCCUGGUGGCCAUCACAGGGAGGGUCAGGGCAGGGCCAUUGCACCGUGGCAAGGAGAAUAUCCCUUGCACCCCUGAGAAGUGCGUAGCCAACCACCAGAAUCUGGAGAAAACACCAGACAAGAAGGAGAACACGAACCACAACGAAAACAGACUGAUGACGAAACAGACCGAAGACUAAACAGACCAACCUUACAGGCAGGAGUGUUGGUGUCGUGUGUGGAUGUAGGGGUUGGUUUUUGGGGAUGGGUUAUAUGUUGGUAGGGUUGAACUGCUGGUUUACUUUAAAAUUCCAUUUUGAAUAAGAAGUCCAAUGCU